AAGGUUGGCUGCUAUGGUCCAGAAGCUUGAAAAUUUGUUCGCUUCGUUUUAUUUGAAUGUGAUCGUAACGUGAGGUGUGUUGAAUGUUAUCGUGAAUAAACGGAUAAUACUGAAUCUCUAAACAAAUAAAAUGCCGUACGCCAAUCAACCAUCAGUCCAUAUUUCAGACUUGACCGAGGAGAAUGUUAAGUUCCAAGUGGAGGAUACGGAAUUGAGCGUAGCGAACAGCAUGAGACGUGUUUUUAUCGCUGAGACUCCAACAAUGGCCAUCGAUUGGAUACAACUGGAGGCCAAUUCCACCGUGUUAAGUGAUGAAUUCUUAGCUCACAGGAUUGGAAUGAUACCAUUGAUCAGUGACGAUGUAGUCGACAGAAUACAAUAUACGAGGGAUUGCCAGUGCAUGGAUUUUUGUCCGGAAUGCAGCGUGGAAUUUACUUUGGACGUUAAAUGCACCGAAGAUCAAACUAGGCACGUGACCACUGCGGAUUUCAAGUCAAGUGAUUCCAGAGUAUUACCGGUCACAUCUAGACACAGAGAAGACGAUGCGAGCGAGUAUGGAGAGACAGAUGAGAUAUUGAUAGUGAAACUGAGAAAAGGACAGGAACUGAAACUAAGAGCAUAUGCAAAGAAGGGUUUUGGGAAAGAGCAUGCAAAAUGGAAUCCAACUGCUGGUGUAAGCUUCGAAUACGACCCAGACAAUUCUAUGAGGCAUACUUUGUUUCCCAAGCCAGACGAAUGGCCUAAGUCAGAGUACAGCGAACUAGAAGAAGACCAAUAUGAAGCGCCGUUUAAUUGGGAAGCUAAGCCGAACAAAUAUUACUUCAACGUCGAAAGUAGCGGCGCCCUGAAACCGGAAAAUAUCGUCAUAAUGGGAAUCGUGGCGUUGAAGAACAAAUUGUCGAAUUUACAGACACAAUUGAGCCAUGAAGUGCAAAGCGACGCGUUAAGCAUUCAUCAUUAAAUUGUAUUAUUAAAUUAUGCUAGACAGGGCUGUAAGUUUAUACCUAGGAAAUAAUUCGGGUACUUUUCAUUGAAAUAAAGUAUCCCAACUAUGGAGAUUGAA